UUUAUUUUACCUUUUUUUUUCCGGAUGCGAAUGGAAGACUAUUGCAAUGGGAAACACAACUUGAUACUCUCAGAAAAAAAAGUUUAACUUUGCUGUCAAAGAACUUGUUCUCUGAGAAAGUAGUUCCGGCUGGGCGGGUCACGGCCUCUGACGUCGGCGUCCGGGCGCUCAAUUCAGUUUGGCGGUUCCGGACCCUACUGAGGCUGAGAGGGAUGUGGGCGCGGACUAACCGAGCGACCGAGGAGUUUUACGCUCGCCUCCUGCAGGAAUUUAAUGAAGAAAAGAAAGGAGUCUAUAAAGAGCCAUUUAUCUAUGAGGCGGAUGUUCAAGUGCAGCUGAUCAGCAAGGGUCAACCAAACCCUGUUAAAGGCCUUCUAGGUGAAAAUGACUUGGUCUUCAUCGUGGAAAAAGUGCCUUUAGAAAAAGAAGAAACAAGUCAUGUUGAAGAGCUACAGUCUGAAGAAACUGCUAUUUCUGAUUUCUCUUCUGGUGAGAAUGUUGGGCCACUUCCUUUACCAGUUGGGAGAGCAAGACAGCUCAUUGGGCUCUACACCAUGGCUCACAACCCUAACAUGACGCACCUGCAGGUCCCGCGGCCCAUCGCUGCCCUCCCGCCCCUGUGGGUCAGAUGCGAUGGCUCGGAUCCCGAGGGCACCUGUUGGCUAGGAGCUGAGCUCGUCCCAGAGGGCGAUGGCAUUGCUGGGGUGGUCUUAUUUGCCGUCAGUUGUAAAGGGUCAGCCUGUGCACUCUUUCAGGUGACAGCCAGAGGCUUUGCGCAGUAUGAGCUCUUCAAGUCUAGUGUCUUGGACGACACAGUCUCCCCGUCACACACAGCCAUCACUCUGGAUAUUUCCUGGAGCCCUGUGGAUGAGAUGCUUCAGGUCCCCCCUCUCUCUUCAGCUGCUACUCUGAAUAUCAAAGUGGAAUCAGGAGCGCCCAGAGGUUGCCUGACUCAUCUUCACAGAGAACUGAAAUUUCUCCUGGUUUUGACUGACGGCUUGAGGACGGGUGUGACGGAGUGGCUCGAGCCUCUGGAAGCCAAAUCUGCCGUGGAACUGGUGCAAGAAUUUCUGAACGAGUCAAGUAAGCUGGAUGGAUUUGGUGAUUCUACAAAAAAAGACCCAGAGACAGUGAAGCAUGAUGCUGCUGCAGUUGACAGGUCCGUGCUCAUCACGGUGCGGGGUGACCUCGAUUUUGUUGAGCAGCUGUGGUGCAGAAUGAGCAGCAGUGUGGUUUCCUAUCAAGACCUGGUGAAGUGCUUGGCGCUGAUCCUACAGAGUCUCCAGCGAGGUGACAUCCAACCAUGGCUCCACAGCGGGAGCAGCAGUUUGCUGAGCAAGCUCAUUCAUCAGUCUUAUCACGGAACCAUGGACACAGUUUCUCUCAGUGGGACUCUACCACUUCAAAUGCUUUUGGAAAUUGGUCUGGACAAACUGAAAAAGGAUUAUAUCAGUUUUUUCAUAGGUCAGGAGCUUGCAUCUUUGAAUCAUUUGGAAUACUUCACUUCUCCAUCGGUAGAGAUACAAGAACAGGUUCAUCGUGUUCAGAAGCUGCACCACAUCCUGGAGGUCGUAGUCAGUUGCAUGCUUUUUGUUAAGCCUCAGCACGAGUUCCUGUUUUCUUUAACACAAUCCUGCAUAAAAUAUUAUAAACAAAAUCCUCUAGAUGAACAACACAUUUUUCAGCUGCCAGUCAGACCAGCUUGUGUCAAAAACUUCUUUCAGAGUGAGAAGCCACAGAAGUGGAAGGUAGAAAUAAAUGGUGGCCAAAAGAAGGUUAAAACCAUUUGGCAGCUGAGUGACAGCUCACCCGUGGAGCACCUGAUGCAUCACAAACCUGCUCUAAGCGGCUGCAUUGAGAAGAGUGCAGGGGUUCUGAAAGUAGAUCUAAUGGUUUUCUGA